GCCGUUCUUGUGUUGCGGGAAACUAUCUUUUUCUGGAUAAACGGGCUCUGAGGUGGAGAACUUUUAAUCUAAUGUUCAUAUUACAAAGUUUAUUUACGGAUGUUUGAACUUAUCCCGCAAAUGAUGAAAUAUGGACAAUUCCGAAGAAUUGAAUUCAAUUAACAUGGAGAGAAGCCAAGAAAAUGACAUUGAAAAUCAAGAGAACAAAGAAGAUGAUUCUCCCAAAGCAAACAAGGCAGCCUUGAAUUAUUUAGAGUCUAUUGAUUUUAAAACCCUUGGCAAAACAGUGUUUACUGAUUUUCUUGGAACUGUUUCUGAUAAUGGGAAAGAAAUUGGCGAGGUGACUGUCACAGUUGAGGAAACUACCAGGGGUGGAGAAAUAUGCUACUUGGUUCAUGCACAUAGCCAUGGGGUUAUUGACAGUGUGCAAUGUGGUACCUCUGUUACUGCAUACGUUGGAAGAGGUCUGGUCACGCUCGAAGAAACCAAACAUGAAUAUAUGAAGGUGCCGAAAAAGCCACGAGACAGAAAAACGAUACUUUUAAAGCAAGGCGGCCAAUUUUUGUUAAAAAGAAUUACAACCGAAGGCGAAGACCACCAAGAAGACGAAAAGACUUUCAGUGCAACAAACAUGAAGGGCUUUAUAUCAGAGGGUUCAAAUGUAAUUUUGCAAAGAGUAAUUGCAAUCAAGCAGUUAGUUCCACAAGAAGACGCGGAAUUCAUCGCACUCGAUUCAGAAAUGAAGACCUGUAUUUGCACAUAUGCACGACUGGAAGACAAAACACAGACUAUUGAAGAUCAAACUGUGGAAAUGUUUGGCGUUGAAAGAUCAGUUCUUUCUAGUGCUAGCGAAUCUGUUUGCCGCUCGUACUUUUUAAGAGAUGGACAUUUGAGUUUUCGGAGUACACAGGGAUACCCAGCGACCAUGCGACUUUUGCGUCUGCCUCGUCCUGAAGAAGAGGAAGAACAAAAAACAACGAUCCAACGGAAAACUCACCGAUGGGAAGAAGAUAUGCAGUUUUGGUCUCGUUUUUUAGACCGAAAGGAGGAACUCAAAAGUGAUCAUCUUACAUUCAUACAAAAACAUCCAGAAUUGAAGGCUUUGAUGUCCGACUUUUUGCAGUUCCUCCUGUUAAGAAAACCUGAAGACAUUUGUUCGUUCGCAGCUAACUAUUUCGAGGCAUUCUCCACCGUAGCCCCAGCGACCAUGAACUCAAACGUAAGAUAGAAGAGCCUAGAGAAGCAAAGCUAUAUUGACUUGUGUAUAUAAACAGUGUAUUUAAUUGUUCAGUGUGUGCUCCUCAUUUAAGCUGGUUGUCGCACCAUAAUUCGCAUUAAAGACAUAUGAA